CUAUGUUGUUAUAGAUUCUGUAGGUAACAUUGAUUCCAUGAUGGCUGGCGUUCGUGUUGGUUUGAGCGCUCCCAUUGAGCGCGUGAAGUCAACUUUAAGUGAGAGUGCCGGUGAUAUUAAUUCAUUCUGCCAGGCUGUGUCCCGCUGCUCGCUUAAUCCAUCUCAUCGAUAUGUCCUUUACACUGUGGAUUCUGUUUACGAAGGUCUUGAGUUGGAUAGUUCUAGUACACCUGGCAAUGCGGCACACAAGAAUGUUACGCGGCAUCUAUUCAAGUUGCCUCGUGCAGUGUAUAUCCCUAGGGCACCUGAAGGUUACAAGUUUGGCCCUGAUUUCGGAUCACUGCUUGACUCUCGUCUUGAUGCUAGUACCCUGACACUUCAGGACAUGUCUACGAUAGUGAACAACAUCAUCGACAUGUGCGAGUUCAUUGCUGAGCAUUCCUUGGAUACUCUGGUUGGUCCCUUGAGGCCUAGUGUCUUGUCGUUCCUUGAGGCAUACCGUGAACGUUUACUUGCAGAUCGUCGCUAUGGUGAAGUGAAGCGGUUGAGGUUUGCUACUGAGCUUUUGCAUGUCACCAAGUUACAUUCCAUUGACUGUGACGACCUUGUAUCCUACAUAUCCAAUAUGCUGGGCAGCAGCCCAGGGUUACUGCGUCAAAGUACUCCCGACACUUUGGAGUACCUAUGUCGUAUGAAGCUGCCUUAUGACUUGCGGUGCCGUAUUGAUGGGUUGUUUCGUAGCUUAUCAUGUACCCACCUGAGCGUUGAUCAAUGGUCGCAUUUAUUUGCAGUGGCAUGUCGUGCCAACGACAAUCGCAAUACUGUAGACUGCUUCAUUCAGCAGUUUAAGGUACUCUAUCGCGGGUUGCGUGUUGAAGCAGAUCACAAUCGUGUAUCCCAGGGUGCAAUAAUGCAUGUUGUCCGUGGUAUAUCAAAUUUGCGCUGCAGGAUCUGUCCAUCGGAUCCGUUAUGGUCGAAUGUAUCCCAUGUAAUCGAGUCGUUGUGGCCCUUUGUCAAUGUUCGCAAGGGUCGUUUUUCCAAUUCAGAGUUUAUUGCAGUUGCUGAAUGCUACUUCCACGGCCACCGGUCGCUACAUCCUCAGUUAAGCCAGGGUGCCCGUGACUGUUUGGAUAUUUUGAUACGUGAGUUCCACCGUCGUCGCGGCUCGUUCCUGCUACGCGACUGGGUCAAUGUCUUUGAGGUUCUGGAACAUGCUCGGGAUGCCAUGGCCGUUAACGUCUUGAUGAACAAGGGUAGCAGCUACUACAUACCAGUGAGCACGAUCCAGCGCGCCUGGGUUGAGGAUGUAAGCGCCCAGCUGUCUGAGAUGCCACUGGAGUCACUGGCUGACAGUGUCUACUCGUUGAGUUUCCCGCAGUGCUCGAAUUUGUGUAGACACUUGGUGCAUGCUGGCUGUUACGCCGAGCCCCUGAGUGCGGCUUUGGAGCGCCGCUGUCUGGCCCUGCUGACUGACUUGAAGUACCACACCACCCGCCACGUAUUGGAUUUAUACUUUUUCCAGCUACAGAUGGUCUUACCACCACAUAAUCCGUUGAGAUCAGCUUUACAGAGUAACAAGACUGCCACUGAGAUGGUAUCGGGUAUAUCAAGUUAUAACUUGAUACGCCUUCUUUCCUUGAGCUUGGGCACCAACGCCUCCGGGGUCAUGUUGAUACUCAACCAGCUUUGUGAAAGGAUUGAAUCUAAUCUACUAUCACUUGGAUUUGCGGAAUCAUGUAAUCUACUAUCUCACGCGGUAUCAUAUCAGCACUGGGCACUUGUUAAUGCUAUAUUGUCGGUUGCAGUCCCUCGUGUCCUGAGGUCCCACGAGGGCCACAAGUGCUUGAGUAGGCUGCUCGAUCUGUCCAAGUUCACUUUUUCCAUGCCUGAUUCAGGGUCAAUAUCAACUCCAGCUACUGUGCUGCAGUCACUAGUGCUGGAGCGUGCUGCUAACAACGUCCACCAUCUUGGUUUACCGCACCUCGACUUGCUUUUGCGCAAUUUAUCGCAUUGUAAAUUCACCGAUUGCACAGGGCAAUCGGCGGACUCACAACAGCUGUCGCCACAUGUUAAGUCCCUGCUGGAAUCUGCGUUAUCCCACGCCAUGGAGAUUGACCUCUGCGGGUACACGGCAAACCACUUUGCCAGCAUGGUUGAGGCACUGGCACAGCUUGGUAUACGCCAUGAUAUGCUAUUGGACCGCUUGGUGUCCAGCUGCGUGGCAUCGUUGGUAGAGGCUGAUAUAUCCGUUGCUGCUACAUCGUUGACAUCACUGGCAUCAAGUCUAGCCCGAGUUGACCAUCGGGUUCAGGCGCUGGGUGACUUCUUCGAGCGCAUACUUGACCUCGCCCCUGUACCGAUAUCCAAUUGGGACUUUGAAGCACUGGAUAUGCAGCAGCGCAUGGCGCUGCUGCACUCCAUAUCGCUGUAUGGCAUUGUUACCGAGAGCCUUGAAGCAAGGUUCCUGGAGGUGGUCGCUGAAUGCGAACGCCUCGUUAGCAAUUCAGCGACCUCUGGCAUCAGUGCGUGCACAUAUCGCCAAAUGUACGAUACCUACAUAUCGCUACUGGUUGCUGGAAUGCCAAACAUGGGUGUUAGUGGCCGGUAUCCAGUGUUCCUACUGGAGCACCUGCCGUGCUACCACUGGUUCAAGCACCAGGAGACCAAGCUAGCUGAUUUCAAGGUAUCAGGACUAUACACUGAGAUUAAGGGAUGCCUGUCACAGCUGGGUGUGACUGCCGGGGAGCCUCAGGUUACAGGUGCGUACUUUGCGCACCUGGUAUUCACCGACAGCGGCCGCGUGUUAUACUGUGUACCACCCAGUGAUGAGCUGAUUUGGCGCGUACCGCGCAACGAGGCAUACCCAUGCUCCAGUGCCAAUACGCUGGAGCAUCUGCAUGCCAUUGGCGAGUCUUCCCGCGUGAUGCAGCACCUGCAGAAAUCAGGUUUCGAGGUACUGCCGCUGUACACGCGGCAGUGGGAGCGCCUGGACCAACAGGGGCGCAUCGCCCUUUUGCGAUCAUUGUUGAAAUUACCAACAGAACCCGGUACUAAUUGAUAUUUAUAUCUCGUGGCUUUAUUAGUCACACGAGACAUUAUACUUCCAGUGACCGCUUCA